AAAGCUAUUGACCGUAAAGAGCGCUCAAUCAGAUUUUCGUUGCUGGCUUCUUCCUCGACUCCUCUGAGACAAUGGCUCGUCUUCGCGUUGUAGCUAGAUUUCGCCUCGUCUUCUCUCCGAGCUGAUGUGCGGCGUUAGGGUUUUGUUGUUUUUGCUCUCUUUUUAUCUCCUCGAGCGGGAGAAUAAUGUCGGGCACGGAGCUUAGCGUGCUCUUUGAGAAAUCGAAGGAGCUUGACCAGCUGAGGAAGGAUCUGGAGGAGGAUAUUCUCGAGAUCAACAAAAUUCACAAGAAGCUACAAUCCGCUCCAGAUAUUAUUGAGAAGUCUGGGGAUUCCAUUUUGCAAAGGCUUCGCUCAUUAUAUGUUCAUGCAAAAGAACUCUCAGAAAAUGAAAUGAGUGUUUCAACCACAUUGAUGGCUCAGCUGGAUGCAUUGCUACAAUCAGGGCCUUCUGCUGCACAAAGAAAGAAGAUAGAGGUUAGUGAGCAGAAGAAGAAAAGGAUGAAAACAGAUUCAGAUAUUCCUAGAUUUCCUAGUACUACAUCUUUGAGGAACCAGCUUGAGUAUUGGGCUAGUUUGAAGGGAGAGCAGGUAGCUGCAAGAGUCACAUCUGAUGAUGCAGAAAAAGAUGAAUGGUUCGUUGUCAAAGUAAUUCACUUCGAUAAGGAAGCAAAAGAAUUUGAAUUGCUUGAUGAGGAUCCCGGUGAUGAUGAGGAAAGCAUUCAGAAGAAGUACAAGUUGCCUUUGUCUCGCAUCAUUCCUUUUCCAAAGAAAGGUGAUCCAUCUAGUGCACCAGAUUUUCCUCCAGGCAAACAUGUUUUGGCAGUCUAUCCAGGAACCACAGCUUUGUAUAAAGCCACUGUUGUGAAUACUCAUCGCAAGAGGAGAACUGAUGACUAUUCACUAGAAUUUGAUGAUGACGAAGAAGAUGGCUCUUUACCUCAAAGGAGUGUGCCAUUUUAUAGGGUCGUUACCCUACCGGAAGGUCAUCGUCAGUGAGACAAGGGCCACUAAUUAUUGUAUGUAUAAUGAUUCAUUAUAUAGUUUGUGGGAUAGCACUAAAUUUGGAUGGCCAUUAAUCCCACAUUUAUUUAUGUAACAUGUUACCACUUCAAUACGGCAUUAUAUAAGUAAAUGAAAAUGAAUUUAUAUUGAA